AUGUCAAGUGCUCCAAGAACUGUCAACGCCUUUGCUGCCUUCGAGCCGUCGGGCAGGAUUGUGCCAUUUCAAUACGAAUCACGCCUGCUUGGUCCAGACGAUGUGGAAAUCAAGAUCUCGCAUUGCGGUAUCUGCGGAUCGGACAUUCACCACCUCGACAGCGGCUGGAAACCCACGAUGUACCCGUGCGUAUUUGGCCACGAGAUCAUUGGUGACGUGAGUGUUGUUGGUGUCAGCGUCAAACAUCUGGCCGUGGGCGAUCGCGUCGGCGUCGGAGCUCAGGUCUGGGCCUGCCUUAACAAGGACCCGAAGAGACCUUGUGAGGAGUGUGGUGACGGUGAAAACGCCUUCUGCAACCGCUCGGUGAUCACUUACGAUGCAAAUUACGAGGAUGGCUCCAUGGCCAAUUUCGCCUUCAAGAUUCCUGGUAACAUUCCAUCCACUGCCGCCGCGCCGUUACUGUGCGCUGGUGUGACCGUUUUCACGCCUCUAAAGCGCAACGUGAAGCCAGGUGAUCGUGUGGGUGUCAUCGUGAUCGGAGGGCUGGGCCACCUCGCCAUCCAGUUUAUCCGUGCUCUCGGUGCUACCCCCGUGGCGUUCUCGCGUUCAGCCGACAAAGAAAAGGAGGUUCGUGCUCUCGGUGCCGAGGAAUUUUACAACUUGAGCGACCCGAAGGACCAGAAGAAGGCAGAAAACUCCGUCAACGUGUUGCUGCUGACGGCUGAUGCCACCAACAUGCCGUACAACACGUUCUUGACUCUGGUGAAGAAGCGCGGCAUAUUCGUCAUGGUGGGUGUCCCAAACGACGAGGUCAAGUUCAAGCCGAUGUUCGUUGUGGCUAAGGGUAUCAAGUGGGUGGGCAGCCUUAUCGGAGGUAUUCAAGCCAUACAGGACAUGCUGGCUCUUGCGUCGGAGAAGAAUGUGCGUGCCAUCGUUCAGCAAAUGCCUAUGAGCAAGGUGAACGAAGGCAUCGCAAUGAUGCGCGAGGGUCGCGUUCGCUACCGUGUCGUACUUGAAAACUAA